UCCUACCACAUGUUUUAAGUGUGGAGGACGGUUGUUGUUUCAGGGGUUUCCCACUUCUGCUGAAGCACCUGGCGACCAACAUAAUGCAGGAGAACUACGACAACGUCAUCUCGCUGGCAGAGGAGAUCGCCAUCAGUUGGCCCCGGAUAACAGCUUUCGCUGAGUCCCACAGGAGGAGAGGACUUCUGCCUGACGUGGAGCACGACCAGGUCCAAGCAGAACAGACCCCGAUGCAUGAUUCGACGGCAGCUGGCCCCAGCGAAAGUGGGAUGAAUGCCGACCUCCGCCGGCAGCUGGGCCUCAUUCUGCAGACAGCCGGCAGGAACCAGGUGGAGAAGAUGUUGCGGGAGCUGGUGAAAGAGCAGAGCCAGGAAGGGAAGCGGAAAGCCCGGAAGAAGGCGCCAAAGAGCCCCAAGGAUGAAGCCGCUGAGGAGAACGAAGAGGAAAUCAGCCUGGAGAAGACAGAGCCGCCAGGUUCCCCGUCAACGGGGAGAUCCAACAGCCCAGACGAGGCGGAAGAAGCCAGCGGUGGCCGGUGCCAGCCGGACCUGGAGGAGGGGCAACUGCCUCGAGUGCCAGCAAUCUGUCCGCCGGAGGCCAAGGCUCCCAAGAAGCUCCCAGACCGGCAGGAAAGGCCGGGAGUGUGCGGGGAGUGUGGGAAGACCAACGUGAGCCUCAGCGGGCGAGGCCACAGCACCCCGACCCCGGAGAGGCCGCACCAAUGCGCCGAGUGCGGGCGCUGUUUCCGUCAGCGCUCUAUCCUGGCCAAGCACCAGAAGAUCCACUCGGGGGAGAAGCCCUACCCGUGCACGGCUUGCGGCAAGCGCUUCAACCGCAGCUCCAACUUGGCUCAGCACCGCCGGGUGCACACGGGCGAGCGCCCGUUCCCCUGCUCCGCCUGCGGCAAGGCCUUCACCCAGAAGUCCGACCUGGAGCGCCACCAGCGCGUGCACACGGGCGAGCGCCCCUAUGCCUGCCGCGACUGCGGCAAGCGCUUCUCCGUCAGCUCCCACCUCGACCGCCACCGCCGCACCCACCGCCACGGCCUCCAGGAGGAGGAGCCCCCCGCGGCCGCCCCGGCCUCCCACCGCUGCCCCGAUUGCGGGAAAUGUUUUGGGCAGCGCUCGGCGCUCUCUAAGCACCGCAAGACUCACUCCGGGGAGCGCCCCUACCAGUGUGGCGCCUGCGGCAAGCGCUUCAGCCGCAGCUCCAACCUGGCGCAGCACCAGCGCAUCCACACGGGCGAGCGCCCUUUCCCCUGCGGCGACUGCAGCAAGCGCUUUAUCCAGCGCUCCGACUUGGAGCGGCACCAGCGCGUGCACACGGGCGAGCGCCCUUAUACCUGCGCGCAGUGCGGGCGCGGCUUCUCCGUCAGCUCCCAUCUCGACCGGCACCAGAGGGUCCACCAAGCCCAGGCGGCCGCUGCGGCCGCCCACCGUUGCCCCGAACACAUCAAGGGGUUCCUUCUUGGGGCGGGCAGCAAAGCGGGGUUGAAACACCCUCUGUGCGGCAGCGCCAAGGGACGCUUCACACGCAGCAGCCACUGCCUGGACUGCGGGAAGAGCCUGGGCAAAAUGCCGCCGCCGUCGCUGCAGCCGCCGGCGGAGAAGCCCUUCAAGUGCGAGGAUUGCGGGAAAGCUUUCGCCCAGCGCUCGGCGCUGGUGAAGCACCAGCGCAUCCACACUGGGGAGAAGCCGUUCUCCUGCGCCGACUGCGGCAAGGCCUUCAUCCAGAGGUCGGACUUGACCAUCCACCGGCGGAUGCACACGGGCGAGAAGCCGUACCGCUGCGACGCCUGCGGCAAGUGCUUCAGCGUCAGCUCCAACCUGCUGACGCACCAGCGCACCCACCUGGGCGAGAAGCCCUACGCCUGCGGCGAGUGCGGGAAGGCCUUCAUCCAGCGCUCCGAGCUCACCAUCCACCAGCGCACCCACACCGGGGAGAAGCCCUACAAGUGCGCCGUCUGCGGCAAGUGCUUCAGCCGCAGCUCCCACCUCAACCGGCACCAGCGCACCCACAGCAACGGCAAGGCCUCGGCCGGCAGCGCCGGGAUGGCCCACACCACACUGCUGGCCGCCGGCGCUGCCAAACCUGCCGCUCCCCUGCCCACCUCGGCCUUCUCAGCCUCCUUUGCUUCGCCUGGGCCCCUGCCCUCCCUGCCUUCCUUCCCCUCUUCUAUCUCGUCCCUCCCGAUCCCUUCUUUGGAGCUGCCCUGGUCUCUGUCCUUUCCCUCUCGAGGCUUUUCCCACUCGUCCUUCUCUUCCCCUUCCCCCGGCGGGGCCCAGGUUUCAUCUCUGAUCAACUAAAUCCUGCCCAUCCGACAGCUGCACACACACCAUAUGUUGAAAGCUUCCCCCCAAAGAAUCCUGAGAACUGUAGUU